AUGUCUGCUCUCCCAGUAUCUUCCUUCGAUGAUGACAUAGCUUCUGAACUGCUAGGUCCGUUCAGAUUCUUGAUAAAAUUCACGUUGCUUGACUGCUCGGCAAAAUCAAAAUGCCUCAAAGUUUUCACUAUUCUUCUGUCCAUGGUCAUAAUUGUUCUACUUUUUGCCAGGGUUGGUCAGUUAAUGGAAACCAAAGGAAAUUCUCUAUCCUUUGCUUGGGCCGAAUCUAACUUUUUUGGAUUUCCUGCUAUCUUUGCUUGUGUUUCUGCUCUUUGUAUUUUUGGUUGGACUAAAAAUGGAUUCAUUCCAAAAUUCAGUCAAAAACUAGUCAGAGUUCGGAUGCUUCGUUUGGAGUCAAAUUCAAAAUUAGAUUCUUACCGUUUGAUGCAAGUUCUCGCUCUCAUUUUUUCAAUCCCUUGGCUGCUAGCCAUGAUGUCUUGGAUUGUCUAUAACUUCACACACAACAAGAUUUAUUACGGAGGUGAGGAGACCAAUAUUUUCUUCCGUGUGAUUCUUGCGGUUUCUAACUUCUACAUCUGGUACAUCUCUACCAUAUGCCUUGCCGUUUAUCUAUUGGUAAUUCUUGCCGUGACUCGUGAAGUCGACUAUUUCAAUCAAGAACUGAAACGAGCAAAGGAAGAGAGGAUUCUGAAAAACAUUGGCGUCUUGGAGAAAUUUGAUUUUCGUCAAAACCAAAUACUGGAGACGAUUCUUCUAGCAAACGGAUCUCUUUCCAGUUUCAACACUUUUGCUCCAUUAUUCCUGUUCUAUGCGUUGGCGAACGGCGUCUACUUGACUUCAUUCAUGGACUCUGUGCCGCUCUUCUACUUUGUAAUGCUGAUGUUCAAUCUGGCCGCCGUUAUUAUCUACAACGCAUUCAUUCUCUUCCCAACCUGUGCUCUUCAGGAGCAUCUUACAGCCACUAACAUAAUUUUGAUCAACAAUGAUGAGUUCGAGUGUUCCAAAGAUCCGAUCGUCUAUCAAACCUACCGUAUUAUGGUUGAUCGGAUGCAGAAAGUGGACACAAGAAUGGCUGUAAUCGGUGCAUUCCCAAUCACAAGAAAUUUCUUAGCUGCUGCUUCAUUCAUUGUACCGAAUCUCGGUUUCCUGUUAAUCAUGGUAAAAAAAGUUCUCAUUGCAAAUGGUGGUCACGUUUAA